AUGGCCACUCAUCCCUAUCUCUCCAACAUCUCGCCUGAGAAGGAGAUCAGUGUGGUUGACUUGCUCCGCCAAAGGUUUCGAGCAUCUCCACCGGCCAUCUCCCCGGCCGAUGUCGACCUCAGCGGCAAGACAGCCAUCAUCACUGGGGGUAGCUCUGGACUCGGCUUCCACUGUGGCACCGAACUCUUCAAGCUUGGUCUCGACCGCUUGAUCAUCACCUGCAUCGCCGGGGACGAAGCCAAGCUGAAAGCGGCAGAGGUUGCCUUGACCUUGACCAUCGGCAAGUCGAUUGGAACCACCACUGAGGUCUGGCCUCUCGAUCUGUCCAAUUACGACUCCAUCACCUCCUUCGUCGACCGCGUCAAGACCCUCGACCGCAUUCAUUAUAUCAUCCUGAACUCCGAUGCUGUAAACUCCGACUUCGAGCAGAAUGCAAGCACCAAGCACGAGAAUAUGCUCCAGGUCAACUACAUAUCCAAUGCCUUGCUUUGCAUACUCCUCCUCCCAAUCCUCAGGGAGAAGAAGGACGGAACGCCGACCCGAGUCGUCUGGGUCACGGCCGACAGCCGGGCCUCUUUCAAAGAGGAUUUCACGACGCCUAUCUUCGCCGCGCUCGAUGAGCAGCCGGUCAGAUGGGACUUUGCACAGCGAUACGCCAUGACAAAACUACUCUGUCAGCUAUUCAUCGUCGAGCUCACCAAGCGUGUCCCUCCGUCCGUGGCCGUCGUCACGGCCGUCAAUCCCGGGUUGUGCCGGGGGACGAACCUGUAUCGCGCGAUGAAGGGAAUACCCGGCAUCAUGAAAGCCAUAACGAACCGGAUCGUCAGUCGCUCGUCAAAAGUCGGGGCCCGCGAAUUGACAGAUGCCGCGGUAAAGCAUGGCGAAGAGCUGCAUGGACAGUACCUCAUGCACUGCAAGCUGAAGCCGAUGGCGCCACUCACGAACACGCCCGACGGGGCUGAGCUAUCGGACAUGCUUUGGGUCGAGCUGAUCCAGGAACUGGCACCAUUUGAUGCGGGAAAGGCCGUCGCCGAGAUGGGCGUUUAG